AUGAUACCAGCGCCCCCAAUUAACAACAAAAACCACACCGAGCCAGUCAGGUUGAUCACUACCCCACGUCGCAUAUCGCAUCAGCCCUUCACCCCCUCCCUUCAAAGAAUAGGAGAGAAAGGAAAAAAAACAAAAAAACAUACACAAUGGAAAAGCUCACCCUUCCUACCCUACCUAUCUACUCAGUAAUUGGAGAACACACUUCAAAAUCCAAACCUUCAAAACACCAUUCUGUGGAUUUUCUAGGAUUGCACGCUUGGGGGGGUUGUAUGCUACCGCGGCUUUGCGAAUGAAGCUAGGAGUUGUUAGUUGCGUGUAGGGAGUGCGAGGGGUGAGGGUGGAGGUACGGAUUUGUUAGGCCCCUAUGAGGGUUAGCUUGGUAGAGGACCGGGGAGGGGAUAGAAGUUAUUUACCAGGCCAUACCGACAAGUAGGAAGCUUAGGGUCCAGCGGAAGAGGCCUGGGUCCUCAGGAGGGGUCGAGGGGGCAGAUGUGGACAUUUUUGGCGUUGAUACCUGGGCGGUAUGGGUUCUGGGGGG